AUGCCGUACAGGGUCGCCAGACGCGCGCUGCCGUUAGUCUCAUAUGUUCCCCCUCGUCGGCCGCUCUUUCCCACGUCAUACCGCUUUCCUCGUCGCCCGCAAUUUCCCUCAUCUCCCUCGCCGACCCUCGCCGCCCUCGCCUCUGCUUGUCGCCCGCACUUCCCGUCGUCGCCCUUGCUUCCCCGUCGCCCGUGCUUCCUGUCGUCACCCUUGCUUCCCCGUCACCCAUGCUUCCCGUCGUCGCCCUUGCUCUCCCGUCACCCGCGCUUCCCGUCGUCGCCCUUGCUCUCCCGUCACCCGCGCUUCCCGUCGUCGCCCUUGCUUCCCCGUCACCCGCGCUUCCCGUCGUCGCCCUUGCUUCCCCGUCACCCGCGCUUCUUCUCAUCUCUCGCUCUCCUCCUCAACGUCUUCGUUUUCCUCGUCGCCAUAUCGCCCUCGCUUCUGCCCGGACUGAAUGAGAGACACAGAGGGGAUAGGACAGAAGGCCCUGCUUCCCCCUUUGCCCUGAUUCCUUCCACCCUCUGCCCUGCUCCCCCCCAUCCCCUUCCCUGCUUCCCCCCACCCUCUGCCCUGCUCCCCCCAUCCCAUUCCCUGCUUCCCCCCACCCUCUACCCUGCUCCCCCCCAUCCCCUUCCCUGCUCCCCCCCACCCUCUGCCCUGCUUCCCCUCAUCCCAUUCCCUGCUUCUCCCCACCCCCUGCCCUGCUCUCCCCAUCCCUUCCCUGCUUCCCCCAUCCCCAUUCCCUCUGCUUCCCCCCAUCCCCUUCCCUGCUUCCCCCCAUCCCCUUCCCUGCUUCCCCCAAUCCCCUUCCCUGCUUCCCCCCAUCCCCUUCCCUACUUCUCCCCAUCCGCUUCCCUGCUUCCCCCCAUCCCCUUCCCUGCUUCCCCCUACCCUCUGCCCUGCUCCCCCCCAUCCCUUUCCCUGCUUCCUAUGUUGGCAGAUACGCUCAUGAAAGGCUGGCGUAUCACGUAUAUUCGCUAG